AUGUACUCUUCUUCCCAUAAUCGCAUGCUCCACGCAAGCUCCAAAAGCAUUAUCACUUGGUUGAUCUUAAUCACCAUUGUAAUCUACAUCCUCUAUUCUUCCAACCUUAUUCUCUUUAACAAUGACCAACAAGAUUGUUCCAUUUCCACCACCAAUUUAAAUGAUGUCACCCAAGAACACCUUCAAAUAAAUACUCACAAUACAUCAACUACAAUUACCGAUGAAAGCAUAGAAGAGAAAAAAUCAUUAAAAGAGAAAGUAUCAAGAGAUGAUGAAGAUGAUGAAGAAGAAGCAACCAAUGCAAAAGAAGAAGAAGAGGAAGAAGAAGGAAGAGAAGAAGAAGAAAACAAAUCUCCGGUGGUAGUUCGGUUAACCCCUAACCAAAUGUUUCAAAGAACAGAAACUGAGCUUAAACACAUCGUUUUUGGGAUAGCUGCUUCAUCAAGUUUAUGGCACAUUAGAAAAGAAUACAUAAAGAUAUGGUGGAGACCUAAUCAAACAAGAGGAGUAGUGUGGUUGGACAAACAAGUGAGGACUUCUAGAAACGAGGGGUUACCCGAGAUUCGAAUCUCAAAGGACACUUCAAAAUUCAGGUAUACAAAUCGUCAAGGGCAAAGAUCAGCAUUGCGGAUUUCAAGGGUGGUGACAGAAACAUUGAAGCUUGGAAUGAAGGAUGUGAGGUGGUUUGUGAUGGGAGAUGAUGACACGGUAUUCAUGGUGGAUAAUGUUGCAAGAAUUCUUUCCAAGUACGACCAUAGGCACUUCUACUAUGUUGGAAGUUCAUCUGAGAGCCAUGUUCAGAACAUUCAUUUCUCGUAUGCAAUGGCUUAUGGUGGAGGAGGGUUCGCCAUAAGCUAUCCAUUGGCCAAGGAGCUAGCAAAAAUGCAAGAUCGUUGCAUUCAACGUUAUCCUGCUUUGUAUGGAAGUGAUGAUAGAAUUCAAGCUUGCAUGGCUGAGUUAGGGGUGCCACUCACUAAGGAAGCUGGAUUUCACCAGUAUGAUGUGUAUGGAGACCUGUUAGGUCUUCUAGGAGCACACCCUGUGGCUCCACUUGUGUCCCUACACCACCUUGAUGUAGUGCAACCAAUAUUCCCAAGGAUGACAAGAGUACGAGCCCUACGACACCUGAUGGAAUCUGUCAAUCAAGACUCAGCCAGUAUAAUGCAACAAUCAAUUUGCUAUGACAAAAAUAGAUUUUGGUCAAUUUCAGUUUCAUGGGGUUAUGUGGUUCAAAUCUUGAGGGGAGUGUUGUCUCCUAGAGAAAUAGAAAUGCCAUCUCGAACCUUUCUCAAUUGGUAUAGAAGGGCUGAUUACACUGCAUAUGCAUUCAACACAAGGCCUGUUGCUAAACACCCUUGUCAGAAGCCAUUCCUUUAUUAUAUGACAAAAAAUCAUUACAACUCUGCCACAAAACAAGUUAUUGGAUUUUAUUCUCGUGACAAAUCUAAAUCCCCUUUCUGCCGCUGGAAAAUGAAUUCGCCAGAGAAAAUCACUUCCGUUGUAGUUACCAAAAGAGUAGACCCCUCACGCUGGAAAAAGUCACCAAGGAGAGAUUGUUGUAGAGUACUGCCAACGCGUAAAAGCGCAACUCUAUUCAUAUGGGUGGGCAAUUGUCGAGAAGGCGAAGUUACUGAAUUGUAG